AUGGCGCCCGGCCUUGUCACGCUUGCGGUGCAGCACCUCGUGGGCGACACAGAUGUCGUGUACUUCAUCAGCUCUGCGGCUCAGGAAGUAGCGGACAUCCUGAAGGAAGCGGUGGCGACCAUCAGUCCACCGGGCCGGGAGGACGAGGAAAUGCCACCCACCUCGGCACUGGGGAAGCGGGCGGAACACAGACUGGCGGAGGGCCCAGCCAAAUUCUCCAAGCCGGCUGGAAGGCAGGGCCAGGGCUCACACUACCCUCCGGAAUCGGAGCCCAGCCACGGCUCGGGUCAAAGCUCGGACCAAUGGCAGGAUCGCCCGGCCAAUCCCAAGAAUUGGACCAAGGAGCAGACACGGCAGCGACAGGACGAGAUGUGGCGCCAAUGGGAGUCGAACACCUCUUGGUAUCAGACUCAGGAUAUCAAGAAACUCCGCCAAGAGAUGGAGCAGCUACAGGAGCAUGUCCGCCUCCUUGCCCGAAUGUCUUUGAGACACGAAGACGAGCUGUCACAAGGUACCAACGACAACUCGGCCAACAUGUUGGUGAUUCUCUUCCGGAUGGCAGUGGUUUGGAAGGAGAAGAAG